AGCAAUGGCGGCGCUCACAAUUGCGGUUGGUACUGGCAACUGGUUUUCGGCUUUGGCGCUCGGGGUGACUCUUCUCAAAUGUCUUCUCAUCCCCACCUAGGUGUCACUCUGCCACUCAACCUGGAGUGCAGUGGCGUGAUCUCAGCUCAGUGCAACCUCCACCUUUCGGACUGAAGCAAUCCUCCUACCUCAAGCUACCAAGUAGCUGGGACUUCAGCCAUUCUACAGAUUUUGAAGUACACCGAAACUGGCUUGCUAUUACUCACAGUUUGCCAAUAUCACAGUGGUAUUAUGAGGCAACUUCAGAGUGGACGUUGGAUUACCCCCCUUUUUUUGCAUGGUUUGAGUAUAUACUGUCACAUGUCGCCAAAUAUUUUGAUCAAGAGAUGCUGAAUGUCCAUAAUUUGAAUUACUCCAGCUCAAGGACCUUACUUUUCCAGAGAUUUUCUGUCAUCUUUACAGAUAUACUCUUUGUAUAUGCUGUCCAUGAGUGCUGUAAAUGCAUUGGUGGGAAAAAAGUGGGUAAAGAACUUACAGAGAAGCCAAAAUUUAUUCUAUCGGUAUUACUUCUAUGGAACUUCGGGUUAUUAAUUGUGGACCAUAUUCAUUUUCAGUACAAUGGCUUUUUAUUUGGAUUAAUGCUACUCUCCAUUGCACGAUUAUUUCAGAAAAGGCAUAUAGAAGGAGCAUUUCUCUUUGCUGUUCUCCUACAUUUCAAGCACAUCUACCUCUAUGUAGCACCAGCUUAUGGUGUAUAUCUGCUGCGAUCCUACUGUUUCACUGCAAAUAAACCAGAUGGGUCUAUUCGAUGGAACAGUUUCAGCUCCGUCCGUGUUAUUUCCCUGGGACUAGUUGUUUUCCUAGUUUCUGCUCUUUCAUUGGGUCCUUUCCUAGCCUUGAAUCAGCUGCCUCAAGUCUUUUCCCGACUCUUUCCUUUCAAGAGGGGCCUCUGCCAUGCAUAUUGGGCUCCAAACUUCUGGGCUUUGUACAAUGCUUUGGACAAAGUGCUGUCUGUCAUCGGUUUGAAAUUGAAAUUUCUUGAUCCCAACAAGAUUCCCAAGGCCUCAAUGACAAGUGGUUUGGUUCAGCAGUUCCAACAUACAGUCCUUCCCUCUGUGACUCCCUUGGCAACGCUUAUAUGCACACUGAUUGCCAUACUGCCCUCUAUUUUCUGUCUUUGGUUUAAACCCCAAGGGCCCAGAGGCUUUCUCCGAUGUUUAAUUCUUUGUGCCUUGAGCUCCUUUAUGUUUGGGUGGCAUGUCCAUGAAAAAGCCAUACUUCUAGCAAUUCUCCCAAUGAGCCUUUUGUCUGUGGGAAAAGCAGGAGAUGCUUCAGUUUUUCUGAUUCUGACCACAACAGGACAUUAUUCCCUGUUUCCUCUGCUCUUCACUGCACCAGAACUUCCCAUUAAAAUCUUACUCAUGUUACUAUUCACCAUAUAUAGUAUUUCUUCACUGAAGACAUUAUUCAGAAAGGAAAAACCUCUUUUUAAUUGGGUGGAAACUUUCUACCUGCUUGGCCUGGGACCUCUGGAAGUCGGCUGUGAAUUUGUAUUCCCUCUCACCUCCUGGAAGCUGAAGUACCCCUUCAUCCCUUUGUUACUGACCUCAGUGUAUUGUGCAGUGGGCAUCACAUAUGCUUGGUUCAAACUGUAUGUUUCAGUAUUGAUUGACCCUCCUGUUGACAAGACAAAGAAACAGUGAAUAAAGGAACUGCUUGGA